AUGGAUGAAACAGAUAUGGUAUCACUUUUCAGCUCAUUUGGAAGAGAAACUUCAUAUAAGGUGAUUAAAGAUGAAGAUGGAAUCAGCAAAGGAAAUGGUCGAAGAAGCAAAGAGGGCUGGUGGUUCACGAUUUACUGUUCUGUUCAAGACUUUGAUUGCGGCCUUUGCUCAAAAGAAAGAAAAAAGUUGUCAACAUUUGCAGAGGUGCUCUGUGCAGUACCCAGGCAACCAUUGUAUCCUUCAAUUUCGUCUUCUCUUCUGAAUUUGCUUCAGCCAAAGCAAAAUGAAGGCUCUAGUGGAGGUCUGCUUGGAGUUUCUCCAGUGCAGGAGCAGAGAUGUCUUGAUAUGUUACAAGGAACUAUUGAUCCUUGUAGACAACCACAGGAUGAGCCUGAACUGGGAAAGACUCAUCAGUAUCAUGAAGCAAACCUGGAAGUAUCUAACAGUGAUCAAGCUGAAAGAGGGAUGAACCUUGAUCGUGAUCGUGCUCGUCCUCAUGGCACAAGCAUGGUGGGUUUCAAAUUCAUAAACAAAGAUUUAAAUCAAAUUGAGAUCAUAUUGGCAUCGGAUGGAGAUGAUAAAGCGAAUAAAAUUGAAAGAUUGAGCUCCCAUUUGUUGUGCGCCUACGCAGGUCCCCAGGCUGUAGGCAAACCUUUGGUAGAAAUGUUGAAGACUGAGAGUUGGGAUGUUGAAAACUCCAACAAAAAAUACAAGUCUUGGAUGGCAGCAGGUACUGCGGAAGAUUGGCAGAAAAAUGAGGCCGCAACAUUGGCUGCCAAGGCUGAAAUCGACAUCAACAACAAUCCAACAGAUUUAAUGAUUGCCAGUUUUGAUGCUGACGGGGGCGCGAGCCUACAUGUGGUGAAUCAAAGAGGCAUUCAGAGGGAGACUGAGAUGGAAGGUGUUGGAUCUGGUUCCGUACCCGCUUUGGCACACCUGCGCGCCAAACUUGAUCUUCUUCCUGUGUUGACAAUCAAGGAAGCAGCUUCGCAUGCUAGAGAGGCAAUUGAGGUUGCUUCCAUAGUGGAUGAGAAAGGUACUGGGGGUAAGAUUUCAGUGGUUCAUCUGGGGGAUUUAGGGUCAACUCCAUGUACUGAGGAAGAAAACAUCACAACAGGUUGGAGUCGGACAGAUGAGUUCUUUGAAGGUUUGGUGGAUGAAGUUGAUAUCGAUUUACCUGCACCUGAAACUCCCUGA